AAAACAACAGCUGUUCAAUCAUUUUGUUUACCUUUAGAUCUUUAAUUUGGCCUCUCACUAUAGAAAUAAAAUAAAAAUGAGUAACAAGUCUUCGUUAAAUAAUUUGUGCAGAGCUUGCAUGGUCGCUACCAUCAACCUGGGGAAAAAGCAUCAAAUUAGCAACAAAAGUAUUUACGAUUAUCCGACAGAUGAUAGAGAAGGUCCUACAAUAGAAGAAAUGCUGCAAAUGGUAACACAAAUUAAGCUUGAAACAGAGGAUAAACUGCCCAAGAUAGUAUGCUUGGAAUGCAUACAAAGCCUACAGGUGGCGCAUUCAUUCAUAGAAACCUACAGGGAAGCAAAUGAAAAGUUUCAGAAAAUAUUGAAAGAGGCUUAUAUCUCUGGAAUAAGUGAUGUCGAAAAAUUGGAAAUAGAACAAUCCAUUGAAUAUAUCGAUGAAAAUAUGCAAGAAAUGGAAGCUCUGGGGGAGGAAGAGAACGCUGCAUGCAUUUCUAAUUAUGAGAUAGAAAUUGAGAAAGUUCCCAUAUUCAUAGAAGAAGUUGCUGAAGGCGAGGCAGAAGUUGAGCUUGAUGAAUGGGAGGAUAUUGAAAUGGAAACAGAUGGCAACAAUAAAUCGGAAGACGAUGAUGAAUCACAGCACAUCUAUGGAACUAAUGAUACAAAUACGGAUGAGGAGUGGAACACUGCUGAUGCCAAAAGCAAUAAGAGAGGGACUAAAAAAACCUCCCCCAAAAGUCAAAAUGAACAAAUGAGACCAAAGCGUAAAGUACGUAUGAACAGAUUUGUGGACAAAAUACAACCUAACAAAAACGAAGAUGGUACAAUACUCUGUCAACAGUGUGAAGCUGUACUAGAAGAUUUGAAAAGUUGGCGCGAACAUAUACGUGGACAUAGAUUAGAGCAUUUAUCGAAAAAAGAAAAACAAAACAGAGGAAGUACCAAGAAAAGUUUUGAAUGUGAACACUGUGGAAAAGCUUUUCCCAAAAUAUCGGCCUACAAUAAUCAUAUACGCAUACAUACGGGCGAACAACCAUUUUUGUGCAUGGAGUGUGGUAAAAGCUUUAGAUUUGCCAGCAGCCUUAACACCCAUUUGUUAAGACAUCGAGGAGAUAAAAAUGUUCAAUGUCCACAUUGUCCAAAGAAAUUCGUAUGUUCGAGUGGUCUUUAUGGUCAUAUGAUGGUACACACUAAAAACGAUAAACCACAUAUAUGUGAUGUUUGCGGAUCUGGGUUUCAAAUGGCCUAUUUGUUGAAAAAACAUAAAUUGUAUCAUGAUGGAGUGAAGAAUUUUCCCUGCGAAUAUUGCGAUUUACGUUUUGUAACACUGGAGAAACAAAAACGACACAUGCGUACCCAUACAGGAGAAAAACCUUAUCGUUGCAAAUAUUGCGACAAAGGCUUUGCACAGAGCAAUGAUUGCAACAAACAUUUAAAACAGCACUUGGGCGAAAACAUCUUUCAAUGCGAAUUAUGCCCCUUGCGAUUUCCAUUACAAAGAGAAUUGCGUUCGCAUUUUGCAAUGCACAAAGAUGACGAUGAAGAAACGCGAAAACGAAAUUUAAUAGCUCGCGAAGCUGAAGAGAACAAAAUUAAAUUAAAAUUAGGUAUUAAGUAGAAAAAAUUAAUGUGUAAUAUUUUUAGGUUCUCGAUUUAUAUAAAGAAAUGUUUAUUAAACAUAUUUUUACUGAAAGAAAAAUGCCCAAUAUUUUGCAACUUAUAAUUAAAUAUUAAUUUAUUAUUGUAUUUAUAGAUUAGAAUCAAGAAAGACUAUCGCUUAAACUGCUGCCAGGCCAUCAGAGUCAUAGGAGGUAAUGCAUACAUCUACGCCACGGUGGCAUACAAAAGUGAUGUUUUUAUAUUUUGAGCCAAAAAAAAAAUUACGGCCGUAUUCUUAAAACUUAAUGAAGCCUUAAAAUAGGUUUAUUUGACAGUUCUAUAAAGAAUAUCUGUCAAAGAAACCUAAUCCAAAUCAACAUCAAGUUUUGUGAAUAAUGGUGUUAAAGCUGUUUAAAAUUAAAGUUAAAAAACUUACGUAAAAAUCUUGUCAUACGGCAAAAUCUCAAAAUCAAAAUCGUCUUUAUUACAAAAGAAAAAGCUUCAAAACAAACAAAACCCACUGUAAAAUUGUUGGCUUAUUUAUCGUUCCAAAUCUCCUACUAGUAUUCAUUCCUCCAUCAAACUAGCAUUUUUCAACAAAGAGAUAUGUUCUCUGUCUUGAAACAUAGUUACGAAAAAUUUCCCUACACCCUCUCACAUAUAUUGCUAUCGUUGUGGAGAAGUGACAUAUAGUUAAAAUUAAAUAAUUUAUAUAAAAUUAACAUUUAUUUUUAAGUUUCUUAAUAAAUUAACA